AUGAUUAAAAAGAAUAAUUUAAAAGAGAAAAAGAAUUUUAAGGAAGCUUUAGAAAAUAGAUUAAACGGCUCAAAAUUCCGAAUUAUGAAUGAAAACAUGUCAUCGAAUCAAAAAUUUUCAACUAAAGAUUUCAUUAAAUACUUUGAAUAUUAUGAAAAACAAACGAAAAAAUGGCCAACAACGCCUAACAAGUUAAUUUAUAAUGAAAUUAAUAAAACAAAAAACAUAGUUGUUGGUGAUUUAGGUUGCGGUAAGACAAAAAAGAUAAAUCAAAACCACUAUUUAUAUGAUCAAUUUCCAUGUAGUGAGGAUGUUGUUAAAGCUGAUAUAGAAAAUAUUCCAGUGGAAAAUAAUUUCUUUGAUAUUGUUGUAUGUUCACUGUCAAUUAUGAAAAAUAACAUAACAAAAGUGAUUAAGGAAGUUAACAGAAUACUUAAAGUUGAUGGAAUUUUUUAUUACGGUGAGCUAAAAAGUAGAAUAUCUAGUUGUUCUAAAUUGAUUGAAAAAUUAGAAAAAUGUGGAUUUAAGAAAGAAGAUGUUAACAACAAACAGAAGUGUUUCAUUGUUUUUAAAUUUAGAAAAACAAAUGAAGUGAUAGAUAAGUUACCAGAUAUCAAGCUAGAUACAUUUAAAUAUAAUAAAUAA